UCUCAUUUUCCCAUACUUUGUCUAUCUUUUCCAAGAAAAACGCCCACCCCAGAUUUUCUGAAAUUAACUUCUCAUCCCCACCAUGAAGAAAUCUGGUCUCUUCGCUGCCUCAGUCGCCGCAGCUUCUGCUUCUGCUUCAGCUAUCUCUGCUUCUUCCACAAACUUCGUUUGCAAUUCCAAUUUUCAAGCUUCUUAUGAGGAUGUUUCAUCAAAGAAAGAUCAUGAGAAUUCAUCGAUGAAAAGGUCACCAUCAACUGAAAAAUUUGCUCCAAGAUUUGAUGGCUUGAGGUUCAUUGAAACUCUGGUCACCGCUCACAGAUAAACAAGGAUUCCUGAUUUGUUCUUCUAGUUUUUAAUGAGAACAAAGGAUUCCUUUUACCCCAAGGAUUCCUAAUGAGAAAAAAAAGAACUGUAACUCUGCAGGUUCUGUAAUAGUAGUUUUACCCCAUAUUGCCCUCUUGGGCAGUUCCCUUUUACUUGUUCAGGUCUAUCUUCUACUUGUGUAUAAUUUUUUUUUUGGCUUUUUAGAGUUAUGAUGUGUAUAACUGAUUUAUAAUUUUGAUCUCAAUGAGAACAUCAUAAUCUUAUUUAAUAGUAUCCAAGUUGAAUCAA